GCUAAACCUCGCCCAUGCCGCGCUGAUUCGUGCGUGGAUCGAGGACCUGGAGUCAAGAAGCAGUCAACAUGUCAAAGCAGUAUCUCACCCUCCACACAGUCGAAUCGGCACACCCCAAUGCGAGCGACAUCUUUGCUGUAGCGCCGACGAGUACACAGCUGCUUUCCGCCUCUGGCGCCAGCAGCAUCAAUGUUUACGAUACCACGAAACCCGACUUUCCCAUUAUACAGACACUCGACAAGGCCCAUCCCCUCGGCAUACACCAUCUAGUCACCGCGCGCGAAGACAAGGCACGGCGCGCUGCGAGUGCUGGCUUCGAGGGCAAAGUCAAGAUAUGGAGUCAGAAUGAGGACGGUGUGUGGAGCGAGGACGGCGAGAUUGUUGACCAAAACAAACCGGGUGAGGUAUGGGCCAUUGCCAUGAGCGCAGAUGGACAGUAUCUUGCUAGCAGCAGCAUCAAUGGCAAGAUCAACGUCUGGAGCCUCAACAAAGAGGAGGGCAUGCCCCGGAUACGCGAGUACGAAACCAAAGGUAGUUUCGGACUUUGUGUGGAUCUGAGUCGCGACGGUAGUUUCACAGCCUCGGGACAUGAAAAUGGCUCGAUAUACGUCUUCAACAACGACACUGGACGUCUUGCGCACUCUCUAGCUGGACUAGUACAUCCAAUUCGUAGCGUUGCCUUUUCUCCAACCUCGAAGCUGCUAGCAGCAGGGGGCGAUGCCCGUAUCAUUGCAGUCUACAAUGUUUCUUCGGGCGAGCAGGUGGCAAACCUUACGGGACAUGGUGGUUGGGUACUCAGUCUCGACUGGAGCGAUACUGGCGAGUAUUUGCUAUCAGGAUCCCACGAUUCCAAAGCAAAGGUCUGGCGUUUUGAAACCAAGACCUGCGUCACAACCCACUCACACGGCGACAAGCCCCUCUGGAGUGCAAAGUGGUUACCGAAGAUCCCGACAAAGAGCGAGAUGUUUGCGUUAGCCGGAGGAAACAAUACCAUCAGCUUUUACCGUGAGGCUGCUGGUUGAUCAAGAGUUUGUUAGAACCGAUCGCACUAUGCUGCAAAUGCAUGAAGAAUGCCCUUCAAUAUCACUCCCAGGAACAUGGCAUACGUGGGGUUAUACAGCUUCCGAUAUGAAGUUUCUCGUGGUAAAGACCAAAUCUAAUCGUUACAGAUAUAUCUGCGGAGAAACUGUCCUGCAUUAGACGGCAACUCUAAUUGUAUAAUUACCGUUAACAUGUGACUAGCUCAAAGCAGCAAGGAUAUAGCGUUAGAGCAUUUAGGCUGCCAUACAGAGAGCCUCGAUAUCCAUGAAAGCAUUCACAUCCAUGGAAUGAAAGUGCCCAAUUUAGGCAAGCCAUGGUGAACAAACGCCCUUUCUGUCCGUUUACGGAUGUGGAGAUCACGGACGAAGAUGCAACAACCACGGUUCGACGCUUCUUAAGCCAUCAAUAGCACAGGUUCUCGCAACAUAAAAAACAUACUCG